UCCACAGAAGCUCCAUCGUUCACGGAACUACCUCGCCUGCCGCCCAUUUCACUCGUGGGAAGCUGACCACUACCUCACUACUGAAUUCUCCCUUUUACCGUCACCGCCUCCAUCAACAUCUGACUCCCACCCACAACCAUCCUCGUGUGCUGAACGGAUCGCGUGAAUGUUUGCGCCCAGCAUAUUCACUUCUCAGGACUACAUCAGUGACCACUUGUGGAAAGCCUUCAGUGGUUAAGAAGCCCGCACGCUCUUCAGACCACCAACAACCUCCGCCAUGGCAUCUGCUAUCCUGUCCCGAUCCUUCAAGCCUGCUGGCCUGCCUAAGACCAGCCUCAGCAAGGCAUUCGCCCGGCACAAUGCCACUGUAGCACCAGAGACUCGCAUUGGUGCUGCCCCUCCACACGCCUUCAAGCGCUCGACCAAGCCAUCCUUUGACCGAGCCACCUUCACCAUCCGCGAUGGCCCCAUCUUCCACGGAAAGAGCUUCGGUGCCAAGACAAGCAUCAGUGGAGAGGCUGUGUUCACCACAUCUUUGGUGGGAUAUCCCGAGUCGAUGACUGAUCCGUCCUACCGUGGACAGAUUUUGGUCUUCACUCAACCCCUCAUUGGCAACUACGGUGUGCCAUCCGAUGCUCGUGACGAGUACGGACUGCUCAAGUACUUCGAGAGCCCAAACAUUCAGGCGUGUGGUAUCGUUGUGGCAGAUGCUGCACUCAAGUACUCUCACUGGACCGCCGUAGAGAGUCUCUCGGACUGGUGUGCUCGCGAAGGUGUCCCGGCCAUCACCGGCGUCGACACCCGUGCUAUUGUGACGUACCUGCGAGAGCAAGGUUCUUCGCUCGGCAAGAUUUCUGUGGGCGAGGAGUACGACGCGGAUGAGGACGAGGCAUACGACGACCCGUCGGCUAUCAACCUGGUCGCCAAAGUCUCCACCAAGGCACCAUUCCACGUACCUUCGCCCAAAGGCAAUGCGCACGUUGCUCUCAUCGACUGUGGCGUCAAGGAGAACAUCAUCCGUUCUAUUGUGGGCCGCGGUGCCAGCGUGACCUGCCUGCCAUGGGACUACCCCAUCCACAAGACUGCGCACCACUUUGACGGUGUCUUCAUCUCCAACGGACCUGGUGACCCAACCCACUGCCGCCAGACGAGCGACAACCUGAAGAAGCUCAUGGAUACCAGCAACAUCCCCAUCAUGGGUAUCUGUCUCGGACAUCAGCUUCUUGCCACUGCCGCAGGUGCCAAGACGAUCAAGAUGAAGUACGGUAACCGUGCCCACAACAUCCCCGCUCUGGACUUGAUGACUGGCAAGUGCCACAUCACUUCGCAGAACCACGGAUACGCGGUUGAUCCUACCACUCUGCCCGACGAGUUCAAGGAGUACUUCUCCAACCUCAACGAUGGCUCGAACGAGGGCAUGAUCCACAAGAGCCGACCCAUUUUCAGCACCCAAUUCCACCCAGAGGCGAAGGGAGGCCCACUCGACAGCAGCUACUUGUUCGAUGCCUACCUGAACAGUGUGCAGCAAUACAAGGCUCAGAACGACACGCUCAAAGGAGGCAAAGACAACAGACCCAGUCCACUCUUGGUGGACUUGCUUGCCAAGGAGCGUGUUGGCGUGUCGCCAAACGUGUCUCCUCACGCGUCGGCAUAGGGGGGUUGACAAGAUUGAUAUGAAGUUAGCGUCGGUUUGUUUGUGACGGGGCAGCUAUUGAAAGCUGCAAAGGCGUUGUACUCUUUUUGACCCUCAGAUACCAUGACACGUGAAACACACGUGAUGAUGCCAUCCCAUUCCAUUGUUUUUUUGAAUUUCAUUGACAAAGGCAC